AUGCCGGGGGUGCUCCAGCAUCGAUUGGCAUCAGCACGCCCCGUUCUCUGUUUGACUCUGAAUCCUCCUCUCUGCGUAGCACAAGAAGAUGAUUCUGCACCCUGCUGCAGCGAAUGCAAGGCGCUGCAAUGUCCUUGCACCGCCAAGGCAGCGCUUGCCAAGGCUUUAGCAGAAGCCAUGAAGGUCGAAGCCUGCGUUGCAGUCAAGCUGGAUACCCCAUACUACGAGCAAUUCGGCCCCGAAGGUUUCGCACUGCUCGCCUCCAUUGUAAAGAAACUGCCACCCCACGUGGCGCUCAUCAUCGACGGAAAACGCGGCGAUAUUUCCAACACCGCCGCAGCCUACGCGCGGGCCUUCUUCGACGUCCAUAAGGCUGAUGCGGUGACAGUGAGCGCGUAUAUGGGGAGGGAUGCUAUAACUCCUUUUCUGCAGCACUCUAAAGACGCAUGCGUCUUCGCGGAAUGCCGUCCAGAGGGGGCUAAGGGCCUUCGUCCGUCCAGCCUCCCUGCACGUGCAGCUGUGUUGACUCUACCAACACAACAAGCCAUGAGAGGGUCACUUGAGCGGUGGUCUAGAGCCGGCUGUGCAGUGCCCUCCCUGACAGCCAGGAGAUCGAGGUGCUUCGUGCAUUCGCGCCUCCAACUUUCACCCUUGGUGCGGCGUGGCUUGCGGGUAGGGACGCCUACCGCUGGAGGGGCUCUCCUUGGUCUUUCAGCUGAAGUCAAAGAUUCUGCUGACGCCGAAGCCGUCUGGAACCUUCGACGCGCCUUUCCUGAUCUGCCGUUCCUUGUCGAGUUGCACUGCGAAGUGUCUCGCUUCUUUCAAUGCGAAAGGAGCAGUGGCUCAGGUAAGGCUGCACCGCUGCCGCCGUUGCACGGACCCCGGAACGCAGAGGAGGCCCCAGUUUCAUGA